AUGGAUGAUCGCAGAGACAACAUCGGCGGAGGUGGUCGCUGGUAUGGUCCUCCACCGCCCGAUCUUUCUGUCGCCCCGGCUCCCAUAAAGAUGCGACGCAAACAGCGCAGACAGCCUCCUCAGGAGACGGUAAACCAGUUCUGGAAUCAACUGAACCCCAAACACCCCGGUAAAGUGUUCACCCUCCUCCCCAACAACCCCUAUGCCCGCAAGAAGGCCGCGAAGACUCCUCAUGGCACCGUCUCCGGCCAGCGCGCCGCCAAAUCCUACGAGGAGGCCCUCGCCGAGUGCAACAGGGACGUCGACAGGAUCAUCAGAGAAUGCCGUCGACUGAACCAGAAGUACCGAGACAUGCACUUUGACAUCGAGUGGGAUCUCAAGUCUGGGCAGAGGAAUUGUCUCGACGGUCUCAGCACGCCUGGCGAUUCCAUGAAGCCCAAGGGUGUCAAAAGGGUCACGGAAAUCUUCGAAAAACCCGAAUUCUUCAUUAACGGACCGACUGCUGGUGAUGUGCGGCAGGGGCGUGACGGAGAUUGCUAUCUGAUGGCAGCGCUGUGUGGAUUGGGCAAUAUGGAAGGAUUGAUCGACAGAGUCUGUGUCAAACACGACAAAGAUGUCGGUGUCUAUGGCUUUGUCUUCUUUCGAGAUGGUGAAUGGCAGCAUACGAUCAUUGAUGAUAAGCUUUACACUCGAGCACCCGAUUAUGACGAAGCCCAGGACGAACGGGUUGUCUGGGAUGACAUCAAUCGCGUCGACAGUGCCGAAGAAUACCGUAAAGCCCACCUGACAGGCUCGAGGGCACUGUAUUUUGCGCAAUGCAGCGAUGAAAAUGAGACGUGGCUCCCGCUGCUCGAGAAGGCCUACGCGAAGGCGCAUGGGGACUUUGCUUCCAUCGACGGAGGAUUCACUGGCGAAGCCAUCGAGGACUUGACUGGCGGCGUGACGACCGAGAUAUACAGCACUGACAUCCUCGACCGCGAGGCCUUUUGGCACGACGAACUCAUGCAGGUUGGCAAAAAGUUCCUCUUCGGCUGCGCCACGGGGUUUUACGCCAACUGGCUCGACACCACCCGGGCACCCCGCGAACGUGAAGGCAUCUCCGAAGGGCAUGCUUAUAGCAUCAUGGACGCACGGGAGAUCAAGGGCGAGCGGCUUCUGAAACUCCGCAAUCCCUGGGGCAAGAAGGAAUGGACCGGGAGAUGGAGCGACGGCAGCUCCGAAUGGACUCCCGAGUGGAUGCAGUUGCUGGACCACAAAUUCGGCAACGAUGGCAUCUUUUGGAUCAGCUACGAGGAUCUCCUCAGGAAGUAUCAGCAUUUCGAUCGAACGAGAAUCUUUGGUGCAGAGUGGAAUGUCACGCAGUGUUGGACCAGUGUUAAUGUCUCGUGGUCAGCCGAGUAUCACAGCACCAAAUUCUCAUUGACGUUGGAGGAGAAGGCGCCCGUGGUGAUUGUGCUGGCGCAGCUGGACGACACCUAUUUCGGUGGGUUGGAGGGUGGAUAUGGGUUUGACCUCCAGUUCCGCCUCGAGUCCGACAACAAGGAGGACGAAAACGACUACAUUGUCCGGUCCAACGGUAAUUACGCCAUGGCCAGAUCUGUCAGCACCGAUAUUGAGCUGGAAGCUGGCACGUAUUCGGUGCUGAUGAAGAUUACCGCCACCCGGAACACGGACAGAGAGCACGUCGAAGAUGUAUUGCCCGUCUAUGCCGCCACAAGACGCGAAAAGCUCAUUCAGAUGGGUCUUUCGUACGACCUGGCGCAUGCCAAGGGCGUGUUGGUGGAAACGAAGGCAGAACGGAAAGAGCGUAAAGAGCGUGAGAAGGCUCGUCGGGCAAAGGAGAAGGAGAAGAUGAAGGAGAGGGCGAAGGCCGAAGCGAAGAAGCACUGGGAGAGACAGAAGAAAAGGCAUGAGCUGGAAAAAGAGAGGCGGGCGAGGAACAAGGAAAGGAAAGAGAGGAAGAAACGGGCAAAUGGCCAGGUCGACCAGGAGCCUUCAGAACCGGUUGUCGAGAGGCAGGGAACCUUUAACAGCAUGAUCAACGGGAACCCUGAGAGCGACAAGGAUAGUCCGACGAUGCAGAAUGGGCACGUUGACAAAAGCGAAGAUUUGAACCCCGUGUCCGAAACAGUCGAGGUCGAGUCCGUCGCCGUGGGCGUGAAGGAAUCCGCGGAACGGUUAGAGGAGUCCAGCGCGACCCCUGCUUCUCUGGAAAAACCGCCGGAGGAAAUCACCGCCGGCGAUGUUGUUCAGCCGCUGGAAGAAGUGAUCAAAGUCGCCGACGCAGAAGAAUACGCCAGCAAACUGGAAGAUCUUUCUGACAAGAGGCCCGAGACCACCCCAGCAGGAACUAACGAUGCGCUCGUCCAAGCAGACGGCUCCAAUGUUGUUACCGACAUCAAGCCGUUGUCGAAGCCGCCUCCACUAUCUCGUCCAGAGCAUGUCACAUCUAAAGACAUCGGCUCCGGUAACGAUGCGACUUCUGUAAUCACGAGGUACAGAGAUCCUCAAUCUAGCACGGCGAAUGGACCUCAUCGAAGAGCACCCCAACGCAGCGAUACGUUCAACAGCACAGCCGUCAUGCUGGGCAUUGGGAGCGGCGCUGACGGGAGCAGGGAUGAGAUCCAAGACGGCGACGAAAUAAGAGACUUUGACAUUGACCGCGAAAACGACGGCAACCAGGAGCCAAACGAGGGAGGGCCCACGAAUGACGACGAUGUCUCCGACGCAGACUCCUUCCCGCCGUUCGAUUGGAAUUCAGAACUCGACAUGUCGCCCUACAUGAGCAGCGACGCCGAGUCAGAUGCCUCCUCGACUCCCAGCUUCGUUCCCGGUCUAGGCCGACUCAGACCCAAUGUCCGCCGCGGGCGACGCCGCUCACGCUCGCCACUGCUCAACCCGGCCAUCGACAUGGACGGAUCGGGCAUGAAGCAACCAGGCAGCGGACCUGAUGACGACGGCGAUGGGCCCGGCGAGCCCUGGAAUGCCGUGUGCGUCGUGGGGCUGCGGGUGUAUUCGACGCUGAAGGGUGAAGGGAUCAAGCUGAAGGUCGUGCGCCCGAGCGAAUAUUCCGACGACGACGAGGGUAAAGAGGACAGACGCAACGCCACAAACGGGGCCAGUGGGAGCCCAGGCACCGAGAACAAGGCCCCCGCCGAGCCCAUCUUGGACCCGGACGAUAUCUCCAAGGGAGCCGUGGCCGCCGAGCCUGAGAGCACGGGUGCCGUGGUGGUCGGCGAGCACCAGAGACGCGACUCAAAUCUCCUGGGGGACCGCAUGAAACUAAGCGGUAGCAGCAGCAGCAGGAGGAUCUCAAAGCUUGGUAUGCGUCCCCCUCCAGCGGACCGGUUGACGACGAACGUGAGGAGAUCGAAGAAGGAGAUUCAGCUUUCGCGGAGAUGA